AUUCCAGUUUGUUGAUUUCAGCAUUCAAUGUUUGGGUAGUGACAAUCAUGGGUCGUAGACGCAGCUUGUGUGUGUUCCUGGCUUUGUCCGUGUUGGCCAAUGCAUUUUGCCUGCCAUCUAGUUUAAUGCGGUCGAAGAGGCAGUCUUCUAGUGCACCGAUCGAAAUAUCAACAUCGGAUAGCGAAAUAACCGUGCCUGAUUCAAGUUUAAACACUGUCAAUUAUGAUUUACCCCCGUCCGUGCCUUAUAAUGAUGAUGAUGAUGAUGAUGAUGACUUCGACACACCCACAACAUAUCCAUCAGAUGGCGGUGGCAGUAACAUCUUCAGCUUACUCAAAUUAGUAACCGCCUUUCUUCCUGGAUCAAGUACUUCGAGCAGUAGUCCGGAUACUACUGAUGAACAUGCACCAUCACCACUGUGGACACUGAAGCUAGAUAUCUUACGAGCUAUAUUACAGUUUGGAACAUCAAUACUGGGAGUGGCUUCAUCGGCAGUUUUUUCCUCGUCUUCCGGUUAAAUGUUAAUUUUUAUGCCGUAAAUUACAAAUUCACAGUCUUCUUUCUAAUGUUGACUCAAUCGUCAAUUCUGUUAUCUAUAAUGCAGACAUUGAAAAUAUUUAAUAUUCGUAAUAUACCAUAAUAAGUGUACAUAAUAUAUUAUUGUAGUUACAAAUGAAAUACUGUACAUAUUAUUAAUACAUUAAUAAAUAAAUUU